AUGCUGCUGGCUGGCGCCAUCCACCAGCGCCGGCAGCUGGCCCCAGGCGCUAAGCCCAUCCCCGGGCUUCACGAUGCCGCUGCCAGCCCUGGCGCCACAGCAGACACAGUGCAUGUGGUGACUGUGGACGCCCCGCCGACCCGCGCUGGCUGCUGCGGCCGCAGCGGCGCCCCGCGGCCGCCACCGUGCAGCGGCGCAGCAUGGCGGCGCUGCUGCUGCGGCUUUGGCUCCUGCGUGGGCUGGUCCAGCAUCUUCUUUCUGGCGGUCUUUGGGUUCUUCCUGGCUCUGCAGGCAGCAUGGCUGGCGGCCGACCAGAGGGCCUUCCUGGACCAGCCUCCCGGCCGCAUGCUGCGCGUGCCAGUCGACGGCUCUGAAAUCCAGCCACAGCUGCACAUCCAAUGCGUGGGCCCCGCUCCCGCUCCUGGCCAGGCGACGUUCGUGUUUGAGGCGGGCGGCGGCGCGCCUGGCCUGGCAUAUGCCCACAUCGCCGACGCCCUGGCUGCGGCCGGGCGGCGGGCCUGCUGGUAUGACCGGCUAGGAUAUGGCUGGUCGGGCGUGGCCGUGCGCCCCACGACGCUGCGCCGCGUCCCGCUGGCCCUGGCGGCCCUGCUGGACGCCGCGGGGGAGGGCGGCGGCGGCGUGAUCCUGGCGGGGCACUCGGCCGGCGGCGACUUGUCCAUACAGUUUGCGGGGCUGUUCCCGGACAGGGUGUCAGGCCUGGCCCUGAUGGACGCCUACAGCCAGGCGGCCAUAGACCUGCAGUCCAACUUUGCCUUCUCUGGCCCCGGGAUCCUGGGCGCUAUUGACGCAUACCGCGCGGCGACGCCCUUUGCCUGGCCGAGAUUCGGCACGGGGACGGCUGCCGUGAAGCAGCGCAUUGAUCCGGAGAACGGCGCUGCCCUGGCAGCCCUCUACGGCUCCAACAAAGAGUGGGAGGCUCAGUACGUGGAUUUCUCCGCCACCAUGAGUCACCCCACCAUCACCGACGACCUGGUGGCGCUCUCAGGCCGCCCCGCCUUCUGGCCGGACGCGUCUGCUGCCGCCCCACGCGGCCCCAUCGCCGGGUGGCCGUCGCUGGGCGCCAAGCCGCUGCUCCUCAUGCCGGCCUCGGAGACGCUCGCGCCGGGGGAGCGCGGCGGCGGGGCGGCGCUGCCGUGCGCGGCGGGGGAGCUGGUGGCGAACGCAAGCUGCCAGGCGGCGGUCCUGGCUUCUCCAGGGCUUUGGUAUGCAAAGCUCUACCUGUCCUACCUGUCGACCCUCUCAUCCAACGCCACCCUGGCCGUCAUGGAGGGCGGCCACGACUUCCCCUGGGUGGACGCACAGCGGACCGCAGCGGCUCUGAUCGCCAAGUUUGCGGGCGUGUGA